CUUCACAUCUAUUCCUUUCACUUCAUCACUCACCUCACCUCGAACACCACCCAUAAAGCUGCACGGUCUUUGCUUUUACCGUGUUGGCCACGUCUUUAUCGCUCCCUUUGCAAAUUUCUCAAAGACUUUGCCGAAAUUAUACCUACUCUUUUUGCAGCCUGCGCCACGGCACUUGGUGCCUACAUACUUUGAAGCUGUCUCCGCCCCCGAAACGAGACAACGGCCGUUCGCUCUACAAUAUAACAGCGAUUCCUUUUCGCCUCCACGAUCGUUUCCAUAGUCCUUCUCGGCGCUCAGCGAAACCUUGGGCUCCCUUUUACCGUCUCCAUCCUCGCCUUCAUUAAGCGAACCUCAUCCACGAACACCCCUCUCCCCACCCAUCUCCGAACAUCACCUGUCGCUUUUUGCUCGCCGCAACAAUUCGACGAAGAUGGCGCCUCCACGGGCUCCUCGCAGCAUGACGUCGCAGCCUACGCGCGACACCCGUAACUCUACUGUUGGGGCCAAGACGUCGCGCGGUGGCGGCAUUCAGAAGCGCCGCGGUGGCAGAACCCAAGUCGACAGGGACGGAGACCUUGACAUGGGUAGCGCCGCCGGAGGAAGUGGCACACGUCGACCAAAUAGUAGAGCAGCCCCGGCUGACACGAACAACUCGCGACCUCGGGGAUCAACAAGAUCUGGCGCUCCCUCCGGCAAGCCAGGCUCGAAAGUACACCAAGCGAUUGCCCGACACUUGGACACUGGCGAUGGAAAUGAUCUGGUAUCAAGGAGGAAGCCACAGAGCUCUGGCCUUGUCUGGCUGACCGUCAAGGGUCUGAAGGAGAGCAAGGCCGCAAGCAAUGACGACGGCGGUCUACGUGAUCUGUUGAUGUUCCUGGAGCGGAAAGCCACCACCCUGUCCGGCCGCAACAAAACGGUGCACAUCAAGAAGUCGAGUUUGAGAGGGGACUUGGUCAACAUUGCGGCAAGCAAGGAAGAUGCGGAGGAAAUUCUCAAAGUCAAUACCUUCACGUUUGCUGGAACGCAGUUGGAGAUCUCUGAUAGUGACGGAUCGAUCGCCAAGGCGAACGAAGCAUCCGCGGCAGCGCAAGAGACAAAGCAGAAGCUCCAAAGCAUCAUGUCACUCCGUUAUGACAUGGAAAACAAGCUCUUGAGACUGGACGCCCUGAACCAAGACGAAGGCCUGAUACAAAUGGGAAUGCUGGAGUCUAAAGACAGGGCCGAGAAGCUCUUCAAGGUCAUGAUGAGGAUUUGCGACGAGCUCUUCAAGACACCCCAAGCCAAGAUCGAUGCCAUCCACAGCAUCAGCCUGGCCAACAAUAACAUCGACACUGUUGCGCAAGUCGAGGAGAUGGCGGAUACGUUCCCCGAUCUCAAGAACCUCGACCUCAGCGGGAACCAGAUUGUGUCUGUCGCGGGCCUGUGGAGAUGGCGCCAGAAGCUCAAGAAGCUAGAGACCCUGUACCUGACGGGAAACCCACUGCCAGUCGCGGAGCCCAAGGUGGUGCUCGAGCUGUUGCACUUCUUCCCCAAGCUGCAGGUCCUGAAUGGUGAGCAAUUGACACCAGAACGGAUUGCGGAAAUCAAGGCAGCAGGCCGACCAAAGCCGAUUCCCCAGCGCGGACCCGACUUCCGUGACGUAGCCGGCAUCGGAGAGGCCUUCCUGCUCGAGUUCUUCCUCGGCUUCGACACGGACCGCACAGGUCUACUAGCCAAGUACUACGACGACAACAGCCAAUUCUCUCUGGCUGUGGAUACCCAUUCCGUCAGAGACGAGAAUCUGCCACAGCCGCUUCCCUGGUCUUCAUACAUCAAGCAGUCUCGGAAUCUGAUGAAGAUUACGACCCCAGCCGCCCGAGCCGCGAGACUCAUCACCGGAAGGGAGGCGACGUGGAACCUCUGGAACGACCUUCCGAAAACACAGCACCCGGACAUCAAGUCGGACAUCAGCAAGUACAUUAUGGACUGCCAUCUCCUGCCUGGUCUCGCCGACCCGACCGGCCAGACCGCCGGCGGAGUUGACGGCAUGAUCAUCUCCGUGCAUGGUCAAUUUGAAGAAUGUGACAAGUCCGGUAAGACGGGUCUCCGAAGCUUUUCUCGCACAUUCGUCCUGGGACCCGGACGACCCAACAGCAACCCCAUUCGCGUCGUGAGCGACAUGCUCUCCCUCAGGGCUUACAACCCGCUCCCCAACAUCUUCGUUGCCGAGGGCCAAGCCCCGUCAGCGCAAGAACAAGAACAGCGCCAGGCCAUGAUUGCCGAACUAUCAAAGCAGACGACAAUGACACCCACAUACUCAGAAAUGUGCCUGUCAGACGUCGCGUGGGACUUCACCAGGGCCUUGGCAGUCUUCCACGAGAAAAAGGCUCAAUUGCCAGCCGAAGCAUUCGCCAGCGUCUAGAGAAUGCUGUGCUCGUCUCGCCCACUUUGGGGGCGUUGAGGAACUCGGAGGACAAGGGUGGAUUAGGAAAAGACCACGCUGGGGCCGUCCAAGUACGACAUCGGACGUCUGGCCCACAACAGCGAUAUAUUGGAAGGAGGGAAGAAAAGGUAUCUCCACACGCCGAGGAUCAAAGCAAGAUUGGGUAGGGGUCCUUGACAAAUGUCCAGGGCUCGGAAGAUAGGAGGUUAGGAGGAAGCCGUCACUUACCCCAUGUGUGAGGCGGAACUAGAGGAAAGAAAAUCAGAGAUGGUCUUGGCAAUGGAAAGGGGGAAUCCAACGGCACUCGUAUAUACUUUUGCUCGGGUAUCAAAGCGCGUCAUAGAGGCAGCGGUAUGUUUUUUGGUACUUGGGGAUUGUUGCUGUUACAGUCUUGGACGGCGUACCAAGAAAAUAUCAUCAAAUUGCCCACAUGAAAGGGUCGUUAUAAACCA